UUAUACACAGGUCAAAUUGUUGUUACUAUGGAAACAUAUUUUAAUAUCGUAUUAUUUUGUCACUUUCUAGCUUCCCUGGCCGCAGAUGCUAAAGGUAAAGGCAAUAAGGCAAAAGGUAAAGAAAAAGGUGGGAAACCUACACAAGAAACUGAGCCAGCAGACAGUCCUGACUUUAUAAACCCACUGUUAGAAGGUGCUGAUUAUAUAGAUGGUCAACUGUGGGUAGCUGGUAACAGGGUUCUCAUUAACCUCAAUCUCUCACGAAAUGAGAUAGGUGAGACAGGCCUUGAGGCUCUACUGAAGGCCAUGCAGUAUCAGACAACAUUGUGUAUGGAAAAUAAAAGUAGCGGAACAGGGCUUAUGAGAUUAUUAGUCGGGAAGAACAAGGUUCGAUCUAGCCAUGAGUUGCAACAGAAGAUAACAGAUAUCAUGUUACCUAAAGAUCCUUUCUAUAAACCUCCACCACAGACCCCGGAUGUGACUGAGGCUUAAAUACAAAUACAGAUUUACAUAAUGUCACUUUUUACUUUAAUAUAGUUACAACUCUUUAAUUGAAUGAUUUGGAAAAAAAAAUCUUUGACUGGAUUUCUAG